CAUCCUGCCCACCUGUUCGGUGUUGGGAAUGCACAAUGCACGGUGCACGGGUGUAGAAGCCGCGAUCACAGCUCGAGUCGAAGCUCGCAGUCAGUUAACGCUUAUCGAUCGUUGGAUUUCGACCUGUAGUGCGUGGCGGUGGUUUCUUUCUCUCCAACAAACUCGUCGCGGGUUUAAACCGGUCUUUCGGCGCGGAUACCGACCAAGACGCGAUCGAUCGAUGUGAUUAUUUUUAUUAUUAUUUUUUUCAAUAAAAUUCUCGUAUAUCUACUUUCGUAUCUUGUAUAAUAAGUUUCGCGAUUUUUUUCAAUACUCGUCGAGUGCAUUAAUAAUAUUGUGGUGUGCAUUUUAUUCUUUAAAUUGAUAAUAUACAAAUAAAAUUGACCAAAUUAUUGCGGUGUGUAUUCGCGUUUCAACUACCUUCGAAGAGUUUUGAUACUGUAGUGAUAAGAGAAUACACUACCUAUACUUCGCAUGUAAGAAAGAAUAUACCUACAACAUCAACCUCGUGUUCCAUCAAUCAACAGUGUGACAUUUUCGCAAAGAUCAAUCGAUCGUGGCACGAUGACCCAUCAUCAACCAUCUUGUCCAUCCUCAUCCUAAACCCUCUCAUACCUCUGGCUUCGUCCGGACCUUGCGAACGCGUUGAUCGUUUUCAAAAACCAUGGAAAGUUACCAAAAAGCAAAAGUGCCACCUCCGGUGCCGCCUAAAUAUCGUCACUUGAUCACACCAUUGACGGAGACGACGUAUCAAAAAGAGAACUCGAUCGAGAAUUACCACGAUCCAGGUCCGGUAACCGGUGGCGCUUUGAUACAAACAAACGGUACGCGCGUCAAGAUACAUAUCAAUCCAGAAAAUCCAGUUUGUGAAAACGAUUACCGGACAACGACGACCGCGGCCGUAGCCGUACUUAGGUCAACUAGUCAGUCCAACGGAAACGCUGUUAAGAUAAACAUUAACGGUAACGAGAAUACCAUCGUCGGUAGCCUGGUCGACGAGAUGCUGUUGAAAUCCGCCUCCUGUAACAGUUGCGCGACUGAGAUGGUCAGCGAUCGAGACCAUCUUCAAAAACAAACCACCAUUUCGGCCAGUGGCAAAUACCUAAACGGUAGCAGCAAUGGGUACUUCUGCAAUAGUAUCUCCAGCGGCCAGUCAUCUCCUAGCGAUAAUUUGGACAGCGGUACGUGCAGCGAUGUAGAUGCCGGAACGCCACCUCCUUUCGGAUCGAAGAAAAAUUCCACCUGUAAGACAUCGUCCUCAGCCAUACAUCAGCGAUCCGGCAGCGUCAACAGUUCCGGUAUCGGUAUCGAUAGCGACGAAGAAGAUAACGUCAGCUGCGACUCGAUCAACAGCAGCGAAUACAACGGUGACGGUGAACACACAUUGCCCAUCAUUUCAGCCGCCAUUUUGAAAUGCAAUGCUCAAAAUAUCGUCGCGAAACCAGCCAAAAUCAUCGAACACUUCGAACCGUCGGCUCCGGAACCGCCUGUGGUUGAUUUUCACGCCUAUACCGUUGAUAAAUUGGCCGAUAUGAAGCUGCAACAGAGUCCGGAACCGUUCGAUGAUCAGAUGGAAAACACCGAUAGAUUUCUUCACUUUCAUUUGAACGAGAAUAAUUUCGAAGACGAGAAAUCAAAAAAUCCCACCAACGAGGACGACGACUCGUUCGCCGGAUUCAAAUCUAUACAAGAUAAGAAUACGCCCGCCGCAACCAUACGUAGUGCCAAAGGAACCGUCAGAGGUGUCAAGAAUCGCGUCAGAGCCGGAAUCGCUACUUUUCUCAAUAAUCAAACUACCAAGAGUUGGCAAGAAAAAGAAGCCGGCAAAGUUGUGAUGUACACGACGACCAUGGGAAUUGUACGCGAAACUUAUCAUAGAUGUUUAAAAGUCAAACAAAUCUUAAGAACACAUUUAGUGAAAUUUGAAGAAAAAGACGUGUUCAUGAGUCGCGAACUGCAGAAAGAAAUCAGAGAGAGAAUGAAAACUGAUGAGAUCGCUGUUCCUCAGGUCUUCGUCGAAGGGAUACUCAUUGGCGAUGCUGAAACCAUUGAUAGACUGAACGAGUCGGGCGAAUUGAGAAAAUUACUUAAACCUUAUAAAAGCGCGGACGCGUUAAAUACCUGUCAAGUAUGCGGCGGUUACCAUCUACUACCGUGUAAUAUGUGUAACGGUAGCAAAAAAUCAGUUUAUCGUAAUAAUUUCUCUACCGAAAUGGUCACGUUGAAAUGUAUGAAUUGCGAUGAAGUCGGUCUAGUUAAAUGUUAUGCUUGCUAAUUAUCGCGCUAUACCUACUCCUAUAUGUACUUACACUGCAGCUGAAUUAUAAUUCCUUCUGUCCCUGUCCUCCCUCUUCAUCCACGUGUUCACGCACUUGUGGCUUAUUUUGUACCUAUUUCCCUUAUUCUUAUAACGAUGUGCUGCUUAUGUUUCGCCCACCCGCGCCCGUGCCCGAUAUCUGUUUUAAUUUAUUAUACAUUCUUUUCGUUCGUCGUUACCUAAUAACAUACUAUUUUAUAAUAUUUAUAUAUUUAUGCAUUCUCGUAUGCAAUUUAUUUUCUAAGUUUACGUCGUGUACCUACGCGCGUUUGUUUAUUAGUUUUAAUUACGUGCCUGCCUAUUUUUUGCUCCUCCUCUCGUCUCACCAUCACCACCAUGCCCCUUUGAGUCCAAUUUUUACUUCGUUUAUUUGUAUUGUUCGUUGUUUUACGCCUCCUUCCCCCCUCCCUCACUCCCCUGUCCUCGAGUUCUUUCAAAAAGAGUUUUUUAUAUAUUCGAUUGUUGUUUUAUAUGUUUUUAGUUUUAUUUUUCGAUAAAAUCGCUCGUCGUUAUGAAGUUCUGUAUAGCGUUUCGUGUGCUAUAAUUAUAAUGUUUGUAAAUUCGAUUCGUUGAUCGUCGUACAUAUAUAUAUGUACCUAGUGUUUGAAAAGAUCAACUAAUUGAAUUCGUAUCGAAUCGUGUUGUUUUAUUAUUUCUUUUAUAAUUUUCAGACUAAAUACGUUUUGUUCUUUCGAUAUGUGUGAAAAAUUGAAGAAUAAUAAGAACAAUUUGAUACGUAAAGUACUUACUGUAAGACGAUGUAUAAAUUAUUAUUUUAUAACGUUCGCUUGUUUUUUUUAUCCAUUUUUCUUCUUUUUGUAACAUAUAUUUAUAAUGUAAUGAAUUAUUUAAAUUUUUUUCCUUUUUUUUUUGUAAUAAAUAAAAAUCAUUUAUAGAAAACUGA